GUUUGACAAAGACAAUGUUCGAGGCUAUAAAAAAGAAGAUGAAUAAUUGACAAGUGGUUUAUAUUUAAAAAAAAAGUCAAAUUUCAGUAUUUCUAACGCUACAAUUGAAAAAAACACCGUUAAUAGUGAUAAGAUUUUUAUGUGAAAAUAUGCAGACGGUUUUUAUCGGAAAAAAAACCUUUUUGUCCUCGAGGCGUUGUAGUAAUGUGGAUAUGUAACCCUUAUUCAAUAUCGUACGUAUGUAAACCGUGGGGAUGGAAAGUUUGGAAAAGGUACUGGAUGCAAUACCGUUUCAGACGACUAUCGUAUUGUAAAAAAUUUUCUUGUUAUCCGACAAACAAAAGCGCUUUCUCCAAAACUAAAAAAACAAUUAACCGGAACGGAAAAGAUCGAGAAACCGCCAAAAAUAAACUAAAAUCGAAAGAUAAAACGGACGUUAAACAAAAACAAACAUUCCGACCAAACCUCGAUCCAAUUCUCGAAGUACAACAAUCGGAAUCUGAUUCUUUCGGUACAAGCGAUCCUUGGAAAACUAAUCGCAGGUGUUUAUGUAACGUUUUAUAUCCGUUACGAAAAAAAAUAUCGAAAGAAUCGGUUAGAGGAAGCGGAAUACGUUCAAACACAAUAACCGAAAUAGAAAUCACGAGAAUGCGCAACGAAGAUAAAACAGAAUUACAAAACAACGAAAAUCCCAACAGAAAUAGACGAACGCCGAAAUUGUACGAUCACAAAAAGUACGCAGACGCUUCAAGGACGAACCAGGACGACAAAACUUCCAAAUACUCCCAAGACGUCGAUCUCAGGAUAACGAAAAUAACUCCACAACCGAAACCGAAACAUUCGCCGCGCGAAAAACCCUACAAAGACAAUAAAAUAAAAACGGAAGAUAAACACAGACCAAACAAAACGUCUAAAUCGCUGGAAGAAAAUAUAUUCGAAGAAGAAAUGACGCCAACCAAAUUGGAGCAAGACUUUAAAGUCAAAAACGACGACGUUUCGAAAUAUCUAUGCGAAACCUUGAUUCCAUCAUCGGAGGAGUCGAAGUGCGAAGCAUUCAAACUACCGCCAACACCCUACAACAACCACAUGUUGUAUUUAUUACCAAUAAGACAGUGUACGGAAACGGAAACGAAUAUGCGAGUGAUCAUUCUGCAAGUAGAUCCGAUCGGAACGAGAUAUCUCCAAGAUAAUAAUCAGGGAAAGAAUACAGAAAGCAAUAAACAAGAUACAAGUAAAGAGGAACGUUUCACGCAAACCGGUAUAUCGAUUAAUCGUUUGAACGAUUAUUAUCCUUCAUUCGAAGAUUUCGAAAUUAACGAUACGUACAAAGACGAACAAAUCCAAACCGAUAAUUCGGUAUAUCCGAAAACGAGAUUAUUGAGUAAUUUCAGCGUAUUGAAUUCGAAUUUUCCCCAGAUGUAUCGCUUCCAAGGCGAUAACGGCAUUUUCCCUAAUAUAUAUCCGACAAUCGAUAAUCGGGGCGACGUAAUCGAUAAAAAUAGUAAAGAAUUCGACGUGGAUUCAUUUAAAAAACCUUAUAGGUACGAAGAAAUCGAUAAAUCGGCCCAAACUAACGCUCGACAAGUGUAUCCCAAACAAACUUACAUGGUCUAUUACGAAAAUAACCUUUCGCGAAAUAACAAAGAAGAAUACGUCCAAACCUGCAACAGCGACGAAUUAUUCCGAACGAAACGUCAAUUUUUAGACGCCGAAACUAUCACUAAACGAUCCCUCGAUAAAUUUUCCCGAUUACCGCAAUUAAUAGAUCGAGAAAAACGCGAUAAAUUAUGCCAAUACAACGAACCGAUACGCAAAGCCAUAGAAUACGGUAGAAAUGAUUGUAGAUAUUUCGUAGCUUCGAAAUCUGGUAUCACGAAAGUCGCCUCGACGUCCGUAGAAAAUAUAAACGACAGAAAAGUGGCGGCGACUUCUAUAUCGUCGACUUGCUGCAAUUGCGCCGGCUCGCAUCUAUUUAACAAACAAAAAACUUUCAGAUCGACUUCUUCGUCAUGUACUUGUUUAACCGAAGACGAUACCCCGCGAGUCGUAGAAAAAACCGCGUCUCGAUCUCGCAUUUGUUGUUGUAGAACUGCAGAUAGAAUUAAUACCGCGGUUAACACGAACGAUAAAUUUAAUCGGGAUCCGAAGUUUGUUCGCGCCGAUUCGUCCGGGGGGUACGGUACGUUCGUCGAGAUGCACGAAAUGGGUAAUUGCGUAACGCAAUUGGACAAAGCUUGUUUUUGUUUGGAUUGUUUCGAUCGGAAGGAUGAUGCGGAAUCGAAACGCGACGAAAUUUGCGAGUGUUCGAAACGGGGCUGUAAUGAGAAAUAUACCUCGCAUAAAAUUUUGAACGUGAAUUAUUGCGGUUACGUUAAAAACGACGAUGAAGUUAAGAUGCCCGGUAAAUUCCAAAUUGUUUAUAAUUCUUUAUCCGGUAAUUAUAAGUGGCAAGAAGAAGCCGAGGUUAAGAAUACCGAAGACGAUGAUGAUAACGUACACGGAGCUAACGUGUCGGGAAAAAGACCGAAAAGCGCGUGAAUUUCGAAAACGAAUUUCGAUUAUAACUUUUUAUAUAUAAUCCCAAUGUUUGUUGAUUUAAUUGUGACGUUUUAAUAAACCCUAUAGUUCGAUGUGAAC